AUGGAUUCCACAGAAGUAGCUACUAAGCCACAUGCUGUUUGCAUUCCAGCUCCUUUUCCAAGUCAUAUAAAGGCAAUGCUUAAAUUUGCAAAGCUCCUCCACCACAGAGGUUUUCAUAUAACCUUUGUUAACACAGAGUUCAAUCACAAGCGCUUUCUUAAAUCUCUAGGACCCAAUUCCCUUGAUGGCUUGCCUGAUUUUCAAUUCGAAGCCAUCCCGGAUGGCCUUCCGGAUUCAGAUGAAGAUGCCACACCAGAUCUCACCUUGCUUUUGACUUGCAUAGUUUCAGAUGGUUUCAUGUCCACGUUCACAAUCACAGCUGCUGAAGAAAUCGGAGCCCCUAUAGUGCUGUUCUACACUAUAGCUGCCUGCAGCUUCAUGGGAUUUAAACAACUUCGCGCCGUGGUCGAAAAAGGACUUGCUCCACUCAAAGAUGAGAGCUGUUUCACAAAUGGCUAUCUGGACACCGUAAUAGAUUGGAUCCCAGGAAUGAGAGAUAUCCGUUUGAGGGAUCUCUCGUCCUUCUUGCGAAACCACAAAUUCGGAUGA